UGAUGUCAACUUAUUUAAUACUUUAACUUAUGAAUGGAAUAAGUUAAUAUCAAGCAGCGAUAUUGUAAUGAAGAGAGGGUAUGGUGGUAUGGUGUAUAUGGAGUCAAUGGGUACAGAAUACCUCCUAGUAAUAGGAGGACAUGGCUCUACACCCACUACAUACCAAUCACAGUAUCAAUAUGAUCAGCUGGUUAAUGGCUGGGUUCGUACUAAUGAACAUAAUUUAUUGAAUUUAUCAACAAGACAGUGGAUUAUUCCAACUAUUAGUGGACAGUGUUGUCCUCCUACUUCUUCCUUUACUCUUACAAAGAUCAGUAAUAAUAAAUCUAUCUUGUUUGGUGGAGCAGUGACUGAUGAUGAACGAUAUAAUUUAUCUGUUAAUAAUGUUUAUACAUGUCAACUUGAAUCUGAUACUACAAUACACUGGGAGAGUGUUAAGGGACCAGUAGUACCUGCUAGUGUACAGUGGCCUGUGGGGAGACAAGCUCAUGCUAUUACUAGUAUCAUCAGUAACUCACCUACACUAGUAAUGAUAGGUGGAGAGGGUCAGAAUGAUCAACUAGUAAAUGAUAGUUGGUUACUUGAUACCAGUCAGUACCAGUGGAGUAAGAUUGUUCUACCUGAAUCUGUUACUAGUAGAAAGUCUCAUUCCUUAUCAUCAAUAAUGAUGAGUCCAGACUGUGUAUGGUUGGUGGUAGUGGGUGGAGGGGGAGCAACUCAAUGGAGAAUUGUAGGAAGAGGAGUAGAGAAAUCAUUUAGUCCAUUUAUCACUGAUCCUAAUAUCACAAUGUUAAUAGAACUAGUUCUCACUAAAGGUCAAUGGACAGUAAGUGAAGUACUAGAUUCUACUGAUCUUACUAAAGAGGCCUAUCAACACAAAUAUCAAUCAUUCCUUAAAACAAGACAAUGGUGGCAAGAUCGUUGUUCUAUAGUCUAUCCAACAGAAAAGGAAGUACAACAGCAGCAGUACAUACAAGUACUGCAACACGAGUUAAGAGUAUUUGAAGUAAAUAAAACCUCACUGCAGGAAGCACUCCUUGAGGCUAGUCAGCAAGGUAUAGUCCUCUACUGUGUGUGUGUGUUUAUUAUUUUGUGA